GGGGAGGCGAGAGGAAACGUGCUCCCGCAGUGGUACAGGAAAAAAAAGAAGAAAGAUAUGAAAAUGCCAUAAAAGGGAAAUAAAUAGACAAUAAAUACAUGUAGGCAGGGCAGGAAAGGAAAAAAAAAAAAAGAAAGAAGACGACGACAGUAUUGGCGUGUUUCUUGGCAAAAGCUUUCGCUGAAUUCGUAACACUUCGGGCCUGCCAUUAAAGCCACCUGUUUUCUAAAAUCUCCCAAUUUUUAAAAUUUCUUUUGGGUUUCACCUGUCGUUUGCUUCCUUUCUACCUGUCGUUUUUCAAAAUUUCCCCCGUUCACACUCACCAAACCCUGAUCGAUCAAAUAUCAAUCUUCAUUCCCGGUACAAAAUUGUCGAUUCCAAUUCUGAUUCGCACAAACUCCGUCCAAUAAAAUCAGUGAUGUUCAUUUCGUCCAAUUUCGCUUUCGCGGAUGAGGAAACAGUCGUCUUGGACGGGUUUACUUUGUGAUAGAUUCGAUUGUUAUAUUUUGUUACUUGAAUGGGCGACCUUCGAGCUUGCUCACCGGACUUAAACGGCACGGUGUUAGAGGAAAUACCGCCGCCGCCUCCGCCUCCGCCUCCGCCCCCGCCUCUUCCUCGUCCUUCCAUCUCAAACCAAGCGGGCAUUAGUGCCGAGACGUGGCAGGGAGCCGAGGCCGUGACAAAGGGGAUAAUAGAUCAGGUCCAGCCCACCUUUGUCUCCGAGCAGAGGAGGAAAGCGGUUAUUGAUUAUGUGCAGAGGCUAAUUAGGAAUUCUCUUGGCUGUGAGGUAUUCCCAUUUGGGUCAGUUCCACUGAAAACCUAUCUUCCUGAUGGAGAUAUUGAUUUGACAGCAUUUGGUGGUAUGAAUAUUGAGGAGGCACUGGCUAAUGAUGUCUGCUCUGUCCUUGAAAGGGAAGAUCAGAGCAGGACUGCUGAGUUUGUUGUGAAGGAUGUUCAGUUAAUAAGAGCAGAGGUUAAGCUUGUAAAGUGUCUGGUACAGAACAUUGUAGUAGAUAUCUCCUUCAAUCAGUUAGGAGGGCUAUGUACGUUAUGCUUUCUUGAGCAGGUUGAUCGCCUAAUUGGCAAAGAUCAUCUUUUCAAAUGCAGUAUUAUACUGAUUAAGGCUUGGUGCUAUUAUGAGAGCCGUAUUCUUGGUGCUCAUCAUGGCUUGAUAUCUACCUAUGCUUUGGAGACUUUGGUUCUAUAUAUCUUCAAUCUCUUCCAUUCAUCCUUAAAUGGUCCUUUGGCUGUUCUCUAUAAAUUUUUGGACUACUUCAGUAAAUUUGAUUGGGAAAACUACUGCAUCAGUUUGAAUGGUCCAGUCCGAAUAUCUUCACUGCCAGAAAUUGUGGUUGAGGCUCCAGAAAAUGGUGGAUUUGAUCUAUUGCUUAGUAAUGAUUUCCUGAAGGAAUGUCUGGAAAUGUUCUCAGUUCCUGCAAGAGCAUAUGAGGCAAACGUACGGACAUUUUCCCUAAAGCAUCUUAAUGUAGUCGACCCAUUGAAAGAAAAUAACAACCUUGGUCGUAGUGUAAGCAAAGGAAACUUUUACCGAAUAAAGAGUGCUUUCACAUAUGGUGCUCGAAAGCUUGGUCGCAUCCUUUCUCAGCCAGAAGAAAGCAUAACAGAUGAACUUUCUAAAUUUUUUUCUAACACUUUAGAUAGGCAUGGAAGUGGACAAAGGCCUGAUGUUCAAGAUCCUGUACCCUCAGAUAGAUAUCCUGGAUUUGCUGGCACAACAACAUUUCCAGGUGCAGAGUUGUAUGAAGAAGAUCAUACAAUUUGUGAAUCAGAAUCUUUGGAUUCAAGUGGUGUAACUGGAGAAUGUAGAUUGAAUCAUGAGCAACCUUUGCAUAGAGGCCAUGUUAAGGUAUCAGGAGGGAAAGUAAAUGGAACAAUUGAUGAACUGCAAAAUUCUGCAAAUGGGGCUACUUUUUCAGAUAAUCGUCUUUCUGGGGAUGCAAAAGACCUUGCAACUUCCAGACUGCAAAGUCUCUCAAUUUCAAAUGAUGCAGGUAAAUCUUCUGCUCCAAGUGCUGAAGAGAAUGAAUCUCUGAUGGCCAAAGCAUAUCAUACACCACAUCUCUAUUUUUCAUCCUCAGUCACGGGGGAUGGGGAAAUGAUAAAUGGGAGUCCAGAAUUGCAACAUCAAGAAAGUUCUGGUUUUACAAUGAAGAGAGUGUCCUCUGGGAUUAUGCCAGUUCCUGCUGAAGAUACGGUCUAUCCUGUCUGUAAUGACAUUGAUAACAAGCAGUUGGUCACAAGCCCCGAGGUUCUAUCCCCUGUCAGAUCAACAAGUCAUCCAUUACGCUUCAGUUCAAUGGCUUGGUCCUCUGAAGAUCUUUUUCCUAGCCUUUCCAGCAAUCAGGGCUCUGCUAGUACUGCUGGAAAUCCUGAAGCCUUCAAGUCCUUGUCAGAUCUUAGUGGGGAUUAUGAGAGUCACUUAAACAGUUUGCAUCAUGGUCGAUGGUGGUAUGAGUAUGCAUUUAGUUCAUCUCUUCCUUCUAUGUCUCCACAGCUGCUUACUCAGUUCCAGAGCAAGAAUUCAUGGGAUGUUAUAAGACGAUCAGGGCAGUUCAGGAAGGAUGUGUUCUCCCAGAUGAAUGUCAAUGGUGUUGUCCCAAGAUCAGUUUUCUACCCUAUGAACCCACCCAUGCUACCUGGUGGAGCCUUUGGUAUGGAAGAGAUGCCAAAGCCACGGGGAACAGGAACAUAUUUUCCCAACACGAACCAUUACAAGGAUAGGACCUUGACUGCUAGGGGAAGGAGUCAAGCACCUGUAAGGUCUCCUCGUUCCAAUUCCAAUGGUCGCAUUGCAACCUCCCUGGAGAAAAUUUUGCCAGACAGAAAUUGCCGAGAACGUGAGCUGUCACAAGCACAAUUUCAUAGCCACCAAGGCAGUGGAAAGUUUGGAUUUUCAGAUCUUCGCUAUGCUAGUUCUCCUGAAAACAAACAUUAUUCCAAUGUAAAUGGUUCAAUGCAUCUGUCAGAGAGGAUGGUAGAAUAUGGGUCAAUUGGGCACCCACCACUUGUUGUCUCCACAACAGGAGGUGGUGGGCAUCCAAAUUCAGGUUCUGCACCAGCUCACAACUCUAGUGUGAGCCCAGCAAUACCAGGGAUGCAAGGGCCAAAACCUGUUCCUGCCAUUGAUCAUGAUAGGAUUGCCAUACAAUCAUACCAAUUGAAAGAUGAAGGUGAUUUUCCCCCUCUAUCUGAGUCUAGUGGGAAGGGAUUGUCUAUCUGUAUGGUUAAGAAGCUUGAAAGAUCGGAACAGUGAAAUUCUUAACAAACCAGCCAGUCCCAGUUUUUCUUUUUUCUGCUUCUAUGGCUCCUUGACAGCCACCUCGAUGAUCUGUGCAUGAAGUUUCUUCCUUGUUUUGCUUUUGGUUCGAUCACCUUUUGUACAUUCUACUAAUGAUUCCUUAGCUGUCUUCAUCUUUAUGUAUAAAAUGGUUGAAUUAUGAGUAUGGCUUACAGUUUCUUGUCAUUUUCAUCCCUCGUAGGUAAAAGGUAUAGACACAAAAAUUGUUGUUGCUCAUCUCUGAUGUAACUUGUUAAAUUGGAAAUAAUGUUUCUUUUGCAGGUGUAAUGAGAGAACCAUUACAUAUUAGGAAUUUUC